GCUUGUACGUCUAAGGAUUUCUGCUCCACCAGUCUGCCUCAAAGUGACUGGAGCGCAGCGUCGCGGAGGAACUAUGCAAGGAUUUUUAUAGGACGUUUUCAACUGCAGAAUAUGGAUUUUGAUGAACGGAUCUCUGGCUCCAAUAUGUAUUUACCGAGUUGCACUUACUACGUCUCCGGAGCAGAGUUCUCGGGUCUCCCUCAUUAUUUAACCCAGAGCCAGUCUUCUUGCCCCAUGACAUACCCCUACCAGUCCUCAGCUCUGCCACAGGUCCCAUCCGUGAGAGAUGUGGCUUUCAGAGACUAUGGCAUUGAUACUUCAAGUAAAUGGCACCACAGCAGGGGGAGCCUAUCACACUGCUUCGCUGAGGACAUCGUGCACAGGGACAGCUGGACGAGCCCGACCUCUCGGGGGGGAGAGAUCCUGGUGAAAGGCAGCCCCAGCGCCAGCCACUGCAGCUCCUCCAACCCGACUCCCAGCUUCUAUGGCAGCGUUGGCAGGAACGGGGUCCUGCCGCAGGCGUUUGAUCAGUUUUUCGACACUGCCUACGGGAGCGUAGAGAACGGUACAACGCCGACGGCACACGCAGCAGACACGGACAGACACGCCAAAGCAAGUCCCGCUCCUGCGCACCCGGGCUCCGACACCGCGGAGAGCUGCAGCCCUAAGUCGUCCUCCGGCCACAGCGAGGAGAAACAGAACAAAACCAGCAGUGGCCAGAGGACGCGCAAGAAGAGAUGUCCAUACUCCAAGUAUCAGAUCAGGGAACUGGAGAGGGAGUUCUUCUUCAGUGUUUACAUCAACAAAGAGAAGCGUCUGCAGCUUUCGCGGAUGCUCAAUCUGACAGAUCGCCAGGUCAAGAUCUGGUUCCAAAACAGAAGGAUGAAGGAGAAGAAACUGAACAGAGACCGUUUACAGUACUACACCACAAACCCCCUGCUAUAAAAACUGAACAAAGACUGCGGCCACGCACCCCUCUCAUAUACACAUCUAUAUCGUUACCAGGACAGGAUGACGAGUUUUUAAUGUGCCACUCUCCAUAAAGAAUUAUUUAUACACCAUUUUGUAAUUAAACACAAUUUGCUCUGUUAUUAUUAUUAUUAUUAUUAUUAUUAGCCUUGACAGAUGCUAAAGUUAAAUUGUUGCAUGGGGUGUUUACGCAGAAAACCACAUCUGUCUGAACUGCCAUCAUUUUAUAUAAUAAUGCACACCAAGAUGCAUUGACCCCCCCCCCCCUUUUUUUUAACCAUAAAAUUAAACUUUAUUUCUCAUUUUUGCCCAAGCACACGUAUGUGUCUGGCCCCUUUGCUGGAUCUUGAUUUUUCCAGUUUUGCGCACACACGCAUGUUUUGUGAGCCGAAACGUUGGCUUCUUCCUCUCCAUCUUUUCAAAAAUUCAACUCUUGAUGACUCAAAAACGCGUUUGGUAGGUUUCGGAGUCACUAGCAGACCCCGUUUUUGACACUGCUGAUUGUGAUCAGCUGCUUCAAAAUGCUUGCUACGUCGUUGCAUAGUUGUGGAAUGAGUUAAGUUAUAAUCUGAUACAAAUUUGUUGGUCUCAUGCACUUAAGUCUGAGAUUCACUGAUAUUUAACAUCUGCGCUUGACCCUCACUACAUGCGCUUUGUUGAGCCCUUGCUCGUAAAGUUGGAUUACUUUCCAAAUUCAUCCAAAGGGCAAACCGCUGAUAAAAGAACAAAGCCCCCAAAAGAAACAUAAUCCAAUAUUUUGUUUUAUAUGCCAGCACGUGGGUCGUAUCAGAUGCAUGAUAUGUAGGUCUGAUGCGUUUUAUUCCCUCAUGGCUGGAAAUAGGAUCUGCUGCAGUUAUUAUUUGAUAUCCGUUACAAGGCUUUCAUUCACUUCUUGGGGGGAUGAGGAAAAGCUGAUUUUUGACCUCACAUGGCUGUUAGGUCAAUCUGAAACGAUCUUGACACUUUAAAAAAAAAAGAAUAACAAUAAUGUAGAUCUAAAAACAAAUUUGUUAUCUCAUACUCCAUGAAGUGUUGUAGCUGUUACUGAAUGUUAAAGUCAGCCUGUCUCAACCGAACCAGCAGUGGCACAUGAGCAAACAAAGACACAGACAAACCUCCAGACUGUUAUUACAAUCACCACCGACAAUAUCAUUUAUUUAUUAUCUGGAGUAGUUUAAUCCAAAGAGCUUACAUAAGUCUGUUACCACAUAAACAAACUAGGAAUUUAACAUGCAAAUGAGGGUAACUGCACAUAAAAAGAUGGUUAAAAAUGUGCUUCAUGUGACUUUAUAAUCAGCAUUAGGGCCCUGAAAACAACUUGAAUGGCCUGUCAUAAGCUAAUAAGGGUCCUGGUGCUUCCCUUAUACUGUGCAUCCUGUGAGGCUCCCAGGAAUGCCGCUUUGAUUGCUGCACAUCCUCCCAGUUGCUCCAGUAACUUGGCCAUAAAACGCGGAUUCGUCUGGAGCGUUUGGAGUGUAGUGCAAUAAAGCGUCUGAGACCAAGGUUAUUAACUGUGACUAAGGGCCUGAAAAACAACGGCUGGGAGCACUGAAACUUGUGUUCACGGACCUUUCCGGCGUCAUUUGUAUCAGCAUCUUGCCGUGGUAGGAAUAUUCCGUUUGUGUUGUGCUCCAGUGUGGGCCUGUUGUCUUUGCCCACUGGGUGGCGCUCCUCAGAUCAAUGUCAUUGCCGUGAAUUGAGAUAUGAAGGAAGUUUGACUCGACGCCGGUUUAAAAAAAAUGUAACCACCUCAGGAUUUUAUUGUUAAGGUAGGCACAGACAUACUGUCAUAUUCAUUUCACAGUGGCAGGGAUAGAUUUUCCAUCUUUCUUUUUUUCUUUCUUUCUUUCUUUUUCCCCCCUUUGAUUUAAGAAAGUCUAUUUUUCACAUUACCCAGAAUCAUUUUAAUCAGAAUGUCACUGAUCUGAAGAUGUUUUAUUUUAUAUUAUCAUUUAAUAAUAACAUUACUGGAAUGGUUCCACCAGAAAACGCUGCCAGAAAUGUAUUUCUGUGUAUAUUAAAUUCAGCAGUUCUCAGGUUGCAGUUGUGCAAAGUGAUGGGCAUGUUUAAUGCGCACGAAGAAAUAAAAUCUUAAAGGUCUAUAUUCCGAACAGUUUGUGGCUCGCUAAUUUCUAUAAUCACUGUACAGUUUAAAAAUAUGAAUUGUCCUUCAUUUAGUAAAACUAAAUUUGAUAAGCCUUAAAUAUAUGAUACGGGAUUAAUCGUGCAUUUUAAAAAGUUGAAGCCAAAGUUCGUUUACUUUGAUGCGGCUUGUUGCCUGUGUGCGUGCGUGUAUGACUGUGUGGGCUUUUCACGUGAUUUCUAACAUUUCUUUCAUGAAGUCAAAUAAAUAAGAAGCAAUUUUGUACAUCUAAAUUUAGGUUUUAUGUGAAUAAUAAUAUAAUAAUAAACAGCAGACGCACAGCACACACUGAGACUUGACAGGAAAUAAUCCAGUGGGGUUAAUGGAUAUUCUCAUUCAUUUCAGCUAGGCUGCUGCACGUUUGCCGCCAUAUAAAAUGGCUGUAUAUAAACUGCAGCUCUGAUUUCUAGACUUUAUGGCUCCAGGCUUAA